CUCUUCAUGAAUUCUGUUCAGGUCUCUUUGUUUGGUUCAGCCAGCCAGGCAUUCAAUGGUCAUGGUAGCUGCCAUCAUGGUGUCUCUCAUGAGUAGUGUCUGUCUGUUCGGCUCGUCGGCUCUAGUUGAGCUUCGCCCUGAUUUCCUUCAUCAGUGUCUCCAUCUCCGCCAAUCGCCUCUCCAACCGCUCUUCCAUUUGCACUUGCCGUUUGUCCAUCUGCAUCUGUCGCUCGUCCACCUGUGUCAGUCUCUCAUCGCCUCUCAUUUGGCGUUCGUCCCCCUGCAAUUGGCGCUCCUCCAUUUCCACUUGCCGUCUGUCGAUAGCCAUCAACCCUGACGAUCAAAAUAGAGUACGACACGUUACGGCUCUGCCUGUCUGUGUGGCCCUUCUUUGUCUCUCUCACCUGCCAUGACGUCGGGGAAGUUUGCGUCGUGAUGGCUCGUGGUCUCAAUCCACUUGUCAAUCUUCUCCUUGAUCCUGUCUGUCGCUUCACGCCCCUUCCGAGCUUCGUCGCCCUCAGUUUCCUCAACGUCGGCUGCUUCACCACCUCUUUCGGCGGGUUCCUGACAGUAUUGAGUGCAACAUGGCAAGAUUUGCAGAUCGGUAUCGAUUUGCUUCUCACGUCGAGGAGUUCUGUCCGCACGAUGAUGACCGGGAGUUGCAAAAUCUUCAUCAGGAAAAGCACUGGACCAAACGCGAUUAAGCCGACGUAGAAGAUCAGUAUCUUGAGGACUUCUGCCAAUAGUGACAACUGCGGAGGCAUCUGCUGACACCAAGCACACACACGAGAAGUCUGUCUGGACCCUCAUUGUGGAUCACCUUUCCUGCGCAGUAAAGGCCGCAGUAAAAGCCUGUCUCUAAGCCCCGUCGAAGAGCCGGACAGAAGAAAGAAGGCGCGAAGGCCAUGGUGUAGACGAGGGCGUCGAUGGUGGAGUAGACGGCCUUCAUCGACCAGAAGGCAAUGCGGCAGAGUGCCGACUGCUGUCGACAACAUUCGCUGAUGAGGGAGGCGACACAUCGCAAGGGGCCCGACAUAACCACAGCUGCAUACACAGACUCCCACACGUGAAUGGAUUUGAGUAUUGCCCCUCUUGGGCCACCGACCGAUGAGGUUGAAUGGCGGCGGGAUUCUUUCACGCCAAGGCAUAGUCGAAUACUCAUUCAACACACGAAUGCGCAGCAACCUGCACUCAGUCAUUCACGAGAGAACAGAGAGCCAAUCUGUGCCGCCGUGGUCGGUGUGUCUGCUGCUGUGUCACUGGUAUUGGGCAGCUUGCGUCUUCUCGAUGUCCCCCCACGUGGACGCCUGACGGGAACGAACACACCCAGACGAAGACAGUAGCUCCAGUCAGCUGUUGGGGACAUUCGAUGUCUUGUGUGUGUGUCUCACCAUAAGGCCGAUAAGGAGAUUGAGCUAAGUGGAGAGAAAACAAGAAGGAAGUCUUUCAUUUGCCUCAAGGACUGGUGCUUGUGCCGCUGAGUCUCACGAGUAUGAUUGACGAGAGGAUGACGUAAGUGAGCAGUAAAACGGUCCCCAGCGUGUUGUGGCUCUCGAUAGCGUUGUUCAAUGGGUCGCUGAAUUCGCCAAGACCCGCGUAGAAACUAAUGGAAUGCAGCCAACAGCACCGUGCACGUCACGACUGGCGCUCUCUCUCUCCGUGCUGGUGUCACUAAAUACAGUAUGAGUGUGGCUUUGCCGAAGGAGCCGAAGUACUGGUGGUCUUCGUCGGACGAGAGGAGGGUGAAGACGCCCGCGAAGACCAGCAGGAUGUAAACGUACAGACACAGAAACAUGCUGAUGUCCGAAAACAUCUUCAUCACCGCACUGACACCAGGCACAUUGUAUGACACACCUCUCUGUCUGUGUCCAUGUGUGUUCUCUUUCUCACUAACAGUAUGAGUGGUCCCACGGUUGGGUGCAGGCUGGCCGUUUGCAGGAGGCGCAGCGCAAAGAGGAGCACAAUGACGGUCAAUAAGCUCAAUUCGAUCUCCGCCGGGUAGUCCUUGAAGUGGGUGGCCACGAAAGCACCGAUUGCCAGCGACGAUGCCAUAUCCACAUAGUUCCUAAGUGGUGGUGCCGACACACAUGAAUCAGCACAGAAAUGGAUGCGCCAGCACCCUUGACGCGCACCAUGGGUCUGCCCAGUAUGCUGCACUCAGUAGCUCGCCCUAAUCACAGACAGACAAGGGUGGACGUAACCGAUGAGAAGGCGUGUCUCCUGAUCUGUCUUGCUUGGAGGAUGGCUUGGAGGAGUAUGGCUUCCAACAGGUUGGAAAGGGCUCCCAAAAUAAGAAGUCCCAGCCACAGAUUCCACAACCAGCCGCCCAAGGUGUGUGGCGGUUGUUGGUUGAAAAGCCACUGCUCGAUUGGUCUGCCAUCGGAAAUCGCAGACGGAACCCUGCAGAAACAAAGAAUGCAAUUCCACUCCAUUGUCUUGCAUUUUGACCACUUUUACAAGAGGAGAAUGGAUGCCACACUGACUGCCCCCUGGCGGAAGCUCUGCAAGUAGGCAUACAGUAGGAUGACAAAAAACCAGACAUAGUCAGCAUACCUGUGAGACUUCAAGUGCAAUGAAUCCGAUGCCGGUGGCGGAAGAAAGCCAGAACCACGCACCGCUGCGCCAAGCCCAAUCCCAAGGCCAAACGAUGUAAGGCCCAACAUACAUGUGCUUCACUAUUGAGCAAAGGUCGCUCCCAAGUGAGGUCUCAGCCAUGCUCCAGCAGGGACUGAUCCCUUUGAUUCUUUCGGCAUGAAGAAGCACCGAGAGUACGCUGUAGCACAGGUAAAGACAAGUCUGAUGUCACUCAUAUGCCCUGCUGUCUUACAGCAACGUCAUUGCGAGCACGCGGCUCACGAAGACAGUCCGAGGCGAUACGGCUGCCUUCACGUCAUCUCGGAGAUAGCGCUGAUAAUCUGGAUAUGGCUUCUGCCAGUGAUACGUAGUGAGAUAGAUGCAAUUGGCUGUCACAGAUAGGCAAAAGAAAGAGCAAUUCCAAGGCAUGAGCAUUCAGAAAGAGAUGCCUGUGUGCUGCUUACCUUGAAUCACCACUGUUUUGGGCUCUGCGGAAUCGAGCAGCUCAAACCACUCUUCCUCUUUCCCUUGCAGUGACUGGCGGAAGUCUGCUUCGAUUGUAUCGGUACAGAAGCUGGUCGUGAGGCCCUAAUGAAGCAGAUAUUUUGUGCAGAUGAGAUAGAGCCAUGCCGUGCGCAUUCCCCGUCGAUUACUUCGAGCCAGUCAGCUGUUUUCACGAUUUCACUGCACAUCACCAGCCAUCCAACACAUACAGAUACUCUGUGGUACAGUUGAGCUGUGUCCAAUCUUCGUACUCUGUGAGAGAGUCUUUGACUCGUGACUUCAUCAAUUCGCGUAAGGCAGAGCAAUAGUGAAGAGUGUCGAGGCCCGGCGAUUCGGAGUCCUGCCUCAGAUGCUGUGGGACGAUCUCUUUGAUGAAAGGCAGCAGUACAAGAAGGUUUCCCGGCUGCAACAUGAGCUCAAGGCCCGGGUCACGAAAGCGUAUGGACAGAAAACUUGUUCCUGGCAGCCUGAGUCGUCCACUUGUUCCCAGCAGCUGCAUGACUUGUUUUCCCGCCGAUCCUCGCGCCUUUGUAAUCAUUGCGGUGACGGUUGGAGCGGUCUGUCCCGCCAGGGCAAUAUUGAAAGGCGUCUUUCCACCCUGCCACCAAAGCGCAUGACCAAUUCAACGGCUGACAGAGGUAAUUUCGAUUACAUUAUUCUUCACGUCCAGAAGACCAGGGUCCACGACUAGGAUGGCUUUCGUCACAUCCGCUCGUCCUCGAUCUGACGCACACCAAAUUCCUGCGCAUUCACUUUCGCGAUUCGGUUUGUCUUACAUGCUGCGUCAUGCAACACUGUAUCACCAUCCUGAAAGAACUUGCGUCAAUCGUUACAUUCUCUGCGUACUGUCUCUGAGUUGCAUUUUCUCACCUUAUCCUUGGCUUCCAGCAGUUCCUUGCCGCCCAACUCGAUGAACUUCUCCACGACAUCAGACCUGCCCUCUACUGCAGGAGAGCGCAAAAGACAAGUUGAAGGCUCAUGCACUCAUGUGGUUGUCAUUUGCUGGACAUGCUGCCUUGUGAAGAGGCGUCUCGCCACGCUGAAUCACAGCAGUGAACAAGACACACAUUUUGUCCAAUGCACCAGUUGACACGCCCUUGUCCUUUACGUUGUUCCGAACUUCCAGCAGCUCCUUCCCGCCCAACUCGACAAACUUCUCCGCAACACCAACUGACCCGGCCUCUGCUGCCCAAUGAAGAGGCUUCCAGCAGCUCCUUCCCGCCCAACUCGACAAACUUCUCCGCAACACCAACUGACCCGGCCUCUGCUGCCCAAUGAAGAGGCGUGCUGCCCCACUGAAUCACAGCAUGAACAAGACACAUGCUGUUUCAAUGCACCAGUCGACAGACCCUCCUCCUUACAUUGGUCCGGGCCUCCAGCAGUUCCUUGCCGCCCCACUCGAUGAACUUCUCCACAACAUCAACUGACCCGGCCGCUGCUGCCAAAUGAAGAGGUGUCCUAUCAAGCUACAGACACAGCAUGGAUAUAAUAGUGAAGACAUCGGUCGGCUGCUGGGCAGAAUGAUAAUCAUUGUCAUUCUCGAGCACGAUACCUUAUCAUCUUCCAGGUUGAGCAGGUGUCGUCGAGUGUGCAGCAGCACCUCAAACACAGCCACAUCCUCACACUCCCCUGCGACACAUGGGCCACGUAGCUGCAUCACGUGUGAGCAGUGAUGCGACAUUGCAUACGUGCGGCGUAAUGGAUGGCAGAGCUUGAUUGUUCCCAUUCAUCCGAGCCCCAUUUCCACUCUCCAGUUGUCAGCGCCUUCUCCACUUGCUCAGGCGACAGAUCGUCAAGGGCCUUCCGCAGGCCCUCCGCAUCUGAUUCCUUGAUGGCCUUCUUAAUGGUGUCUUUCAGGGCUUCCGUCGGUUCCCAAUCGUCUGCGGCUGGGGCGCCCACCAAGGGCACCUGCCGAUGACACACAGACGUCCAAGAGACCUCUCAGAGUGUCUACUCGUGCCGCUGCCCGCAUCACAGCCACAGACCUGCUCGAUGCGUCUCGGUGCCUUGGUGAUGCCAUCGGUGACGUCUGGCAGCUGGGGCUCCACCAGCCCCUGCUCAUCGUCCUGCAGCAGAGGGACCUGGUCACUCGAGGCCGACGCUGACAUCUGCAAUGCAUUGAGGGAGGGAGGGACACAGACAUCAGAGGCCGAUGGCCACACACGCAGAGGUGCACUAAGAGCAUUGCAAGGUGACCUUGGGAUGGCCCGUCUGUGUGUGGUAGAUGGCCUGCUGGGCGGCGGCGUCGCCCUCGUCGACUCUCGGCAGCUGGAUGUAACACGCCUCCUCAACACGCACGCUCGAAAGGCUCUUCUUUCCUCUCCCACCCUCCUCGCCCUGCAAACGGGGGGUGCGCUGAGUCACUGGACGAUGCAAGAAUCCAAACAUGAUGCUGCCACUGAC